ACACACACACACAGACAGACACGUGCUGCAGGGUAGAUCUGAGUGUUGGUUCGCCAAGCAUUCCGGUCCCCCCUCCCCUUCUUCUUCUUCUUUCUCCCUCUCCUCUCUCACUCUCUCACUCUCUCACUCCCUCUUCCAUUUCACCUUGUCUGUUCCGGCUCUGUGGUUUGUUGUUGCGUCAGAACCAAAGCGAGCCAGCAAGAAGCAUGCCGGGUGAGAGCUCUCGCAGAUCUGUCCCCACCGACAAACAUCCAGAGCAGGGUGCUGAGGAGACGGGGCUCCCUGGACCAGACAUGACCAGACACCUGUCCACUGACUCCACCCCUAGUGACAGUGGCUCCUCUCCUAGUGACAGUGGUUCUAGCCCUUCUCCCAGCACUCCUCAGAAGCUACUCCCAUCAUGCACCUCUCCAUUUGGACCACGAUUAUUUCAAGCAACACCUAACUCAUCUGGUACUCCAAGACCUCAACCUGAAGGCUCUGACCGUCGCAACACACCCAGGAUGUCUGGAAGGUUAGGUGGUCAUGGACCAUGUGGCCGCCAUGUCCCUGUUAAGAUGGAAAGGAUCAAGGUCCUGACUGGUUCUGAGGUGGAGAGUGACUAUCAAGAGCCACAUAUCAUUGAUGCAAGGGUAGUGAUGGGUCAAGAGACACUGCUCAAAACAACGGAGAUCCAGAAAAGGAAACCCCUGGUUGAGCCAGCAGGUCAAGCUAUCCCUUUGCCAGCUAUUCCAAGAUGUUCAGACAACCAGGCACAGGCAAAAGAGACCCAGCUGGAAACUAGCAAAGAGGAAAACCAAGUCCAAAUCUCUCAGAAACAACAGGAUCAACAAAAAGAACCUGUGAAGCCCCCAAAUUCACUCCCUACCCCUCUUCAAAAUCCCCUGUUCCCUUCUUCCUCCUCGCCAGAUCUAAUCAAAACAGAAGACAAUUUGAAAGACAACCAGGAAGAGGGUCAAACCCUUGCUCAAGACGAAGUGCCUUCCCUUUCUUUUUCUGAGCUGAGCUGUCCAGUUGCUUUGUCCUUCUCUGAGCCAGCUUAUGCUGUUGACCCACUACGAGUGGGUGUGCCCUCAUCUCUUGACCCUGACCUAUACUAUACAGCCCCUUCCACCCCAAUCAAGAUGAGCUCCCGUUCUUUGCACCUGAAACAUCACUCAUAUCCUGGUUCUCCAGUCUGCCCACUGUCCCCUGGUUCUCCCUCUGACAGUGAGGACCUCUGUUCCCCUCUUACCUCUCCCUCUGGCUCUUAUAUCACGGCAGAAGGAGGCAGCUGGACCUCCUCCUACACAUCUUCCACCUCUCCAUCUACUUCUCCAAAUCUGCUCCUCAUAGAAGAAGCACAGGAAGCUCCGGCUUGCUUUGUGGGCUCCUUAUCAGAGAUCGGAGAUGAAGUUGGGGAGGAAAAGGGACGAGUAGGUCCAGAACGUGAGGAGGAAAGGCGUGCAGACUUCUGCCUGUACCGUCCUGACGGUUUUGCAAUGAAUUCAAGGAUAGGUAUUACAGGGGCGGUGAUCCCGGAAGAGUCUAUAAAAGUGGACAAGAUCAAGAUUUCCAGAGAAAGUUGUCGCCCUUGCUGGGUAACUGACGAUGCAUCUCCUAUAAGGAGCAGUAGCAGCCGUAGCAGUGACUCCCAGGAGGAUGGGGGGGAGUCUGAAUGCUCACUGUGCCCACUGACAGAGGCUGGUGCAGGGAGAGCAGAGUACUCUAGACCCAUGCAAACAGAGUUGAAACUGCAAUUGGAAACAUGCAUAUCAGAGGAACAUUAUGGACAGAUGGAUGACGACCCAGAACUACCCUCAACUGCCUUUACUCCUGAUACCGAGAGCAUGACCAUGGCCUCAUCUAGCCUUAGCCCUGACUCACCUGUCAGCCCCCUGGAUGCCUUUUGUCCUGGACUCUUUGCUAGGUUCGGUCCCAGUUCGUUCAUGCUCUCACAGGAAGCAUGUGCCGAUGGUAUACCCGAUGAAGAUAUUAUGAUCCCUGCCUCCCUCCUCUCCUUUCCCCUACACACCAGCCUUAUCUUCAAGGCUGACUCAAUGGAAAUCACCCUCUUCCCGACAGAGGAUGAGAAUGACUUGGGGGAAAGUAAUGACAGAAAUGAAGGGAAAGAUGUUAAUGCUUAUGCAGCAGGAGAGGAGGAGGCAGAUGUUGAAGAUGACGAUGAUGAAGAGGAUGAUGAUGAUGAUUAUGAUUACGAUUAUGAAGAGGGUGAUUGCAUCAUUAAUGCUGCUGCUGGAGGUGUUGAUGAAAAUAAUGAACACGAUGGCAGUGAGGAACAUAAUGAGGCAGGUGAGGAAGCCAAGGUGGAGGUUAAAGUAGUCGAAGGAACGGAAGAAGGAGAACAGGAAGAGGGUGAUAAAAAGUGUGAUUGCAAAGCAGUGGAAGCUCCUAUAGAUGAGGACAGUUCAGCAUCAUUCCUUCAUUCACUUUCAGAGACAUCUAUCAAUGAGGGGUUAGACGAAUCCUUCUGUUUCCAAGACGAUACAGAUGACUCAUUAGACUCUGCUUCCUAUAAUGGGGAGGAAGAUGAACGUUUAUACAGCACUGAGAGGCAUGCACAAUCACUAGAACCCACAACGACGGACACACUUGAUCAUUCUGAAGUUCCAACAGAACCUGAACAGGGGUCUAGCACUGGAACAGGACCUGCUGAGCCUUUGAACACACAACUGAGCAGAGACAAACUCGUGGAUCACCCCGAAACCACCGGUCUUUCUGAAGCUAUUGCUCUGGAUGAAGCUAAACCCCUUGAACUGCAGUCCGCUACUAAAAUAGAAUCUACCAGUGGAAUAGAUCAAACAAAAACUCACACGCAAGUCAGUAAAGACAAACCAGGCGAUUGCCAGAAACCAACUAAUCCUUCAGAAUUGGUUUAUUGUCAACCAGAGUCCUCCAGCAAUCUGUACAUGAGUGGUAGUGAGAUUGAGAUGAUUGACAUCUCUGGUCCGUCCAACCCUGUAGAGCCACCAAUAGAAAGUUCUUAUUUGAAUCUUUCCUCUACUCCUGUUCUUGCUCCAGCUGAUGCUGUCGCUGAGUUCCACACCCUUCUUUCUUCUUCUGCUGCUUCUGCUCAGGAGUCAACAGACCUUAACAGUUCAGUUCUUCUGGAAGUGGCUAAAGGAAAUCCCCAGAUUAAAAAUAAUGAUUUGCAAGAGAGCAAUGAUUUUUCAGGGGAGGAACCUACAGAAGAACCAGAAAGAGACUCUUUCAAAUUGCUCAUCAAGCCUCGUCAUCGUCAGCCAGAAAGCCACAGGGCUGUAGGUGCAAGUAGAUGUGUAUUGUCAAAGUCUUUCUCCAAUAAAUCAGAUGUAAGGCCAGAGGCAUUAUGUAGGACAAUUAUUCCCAGGGAGUCUGACACUGAGCUUGACCAGAGGAAUGGGAACGCCUCUGCUGAGUCUAAGAGUGUGGAGAGUAGAAGCAUUGAUUCUGCCACCAAUGACUUGAAUAAAGGUGUUCUUCUUCUCUCCUGCCCCAAAGACACAAGUCCCAGUGCCAGUAAUAUUCCUAUUUCUGCCUGUCCAGAGGUCAUCUCAGAACUUGCUGACAAUCUGACCCCGACCCCAAGUGACUCUGCCCAGGAGAACCUCAGAGAAAACACCCUGAGUACUGACGAGGGGGUGCUGGGAGCGGUUGGAUCCCCACACUCCCCCCUAGCCAUCUCACCCAAAAGGGAAAACUCAGAAACAGACAGCCAGGGUGGGAGCAGGGAAUUGCAUCCUGGAGCUGGGGCGUGGUGUGAUGACAGGAUGGGGCUGGGGUUCAGUCUAGGUUUAGGACCAGGGGCUGAGUUUAGUGUAUGGGGAGCAGGAGAGUCUCUCUCCCUGUCUCUGGGGAAAAGGUAUGAGUUAGAGGCAGAGGGUCUGUUAACAUGUGCUCCAGAGGGCCAAAGUACACAGGCGCCCGUUGUCCCAAACAUUAUCAGUGGAGUGAGUGAAAACUAUGACAAUGUUCUGGGUUCUGUUCUGGAUGAGGAAGACAACAAUAGCCUGUUUGGAAAGAGGGACCAAAUGGCGGAUGAAGAAUUGGUAGGAGAAGGAGCCUCAGAGUCCAACUUGGCUUGCUGGAAAUCCAUUGAGGAAAUCUCGGAAGCAGGCGGAGGGGAGGAUGGAAGCUCCAGAUUCCCAGAGGAUGAUGUCAGUAACCUAAAUCCAGACAAUGAUGGAGAUAACACACUCGUACAGAUACAAGACACUUGGACGAAUUCUAACAACAACAAUGAUUCUGCGUUUGAUUCUUUGGAAGUAGCAAUGUGUGGAAGUCUGAAUGCUCUAUCUGAGGAAGUGAGACCUCAAAGUGUGAGUGUCAGUGUUAGAGACUCUGUGUCUAACAUUCCUCUUGAGGAGAUGCCACCUCAGGUGUCUGACACAAAUCCAGGUAAAGGGGAACCAAAAGGCAGCUCCAUAAAUCAAGCAUCAAAAACAAGGCAGAAACCAGAGGAAGGUGCCUGUAGCAUCUCAGUUUCAUCAGUUGAAACUCAUGUGAAAGAGGCUGUAACAAAUCGGCAUCUCAGUGUACCAGAUAAAGCCAGGUCAAGAAGUCUCACUAGUCCAGAGGUUCAGAAGAUCAAUCCGGAGAGUGAUACAGCGUUUUCUUUGCCACGUGGAUCAUUUGGUUCCUUCACUCCUAAAUGUAAAUCCAAUGAUCCCAGACCACGUAAAACUUGUCAAGAAAAGAUGGAAAAUACAGGUUCUCAGCCAGGACCACAGAUGGGGAAGCCUCAGACUGAAGGCCAAAGAAAAGAUGAUGUCAGUCCUGUGACAGACAGACUUGUUGAUGAACCAAAGACUAAAGAUGCCUUUACAGGACAGCAAUGUGUUGUGAGUAACUCAGGGGACGAGGAAGAAAAAGCAAAGGAGAAAGCGAAAAAGAGAGGUGAGGAGAAAGACCAAAAGAACAAAAAGGAAAGUAAAACCUUUCCCACACAGGAUUGCCCAGAGCACCUUUUGUGUCACACCCCUAAAGGGGAACUUUGCACAGAUAAACCAAUCGCUGCUAAGAAAGGGAGGAGAGGGAAGCAGAACAAAAACAAGGUAUCCAUGCCAAGCAGUCAUGCUGACUUUAGCCCUGAAUCUGUCGAUGAUCCAAAGAAAACGUGUGUUCCAUUAAAUGCCACAGCAGAUGGAUGGUUAAAGGGGGCAGUGGACAAUUCGAAAACUAAAAAGGGCCGAAAGGCAAACAGAAAAUCUUCACCGUCGGACUUUCAACAAAGGACAUCUGGGACAGAGAAAGCUACAUUUGGUCCACAGAUGCAGAUGGAUAACAGUCCCAGUCCUGAUAUCAGAAGUCCUAUCGAUGGACACUGCAAUCCUAGCACACAUACCCCAGACAACCUCAAUGUUGUGUUGGCAAUGAACCAAGAACUACAGCAGGAACAGGAAGUGCUUGAUAACAGACCACUAUCUGAUCGUCAGAGAGGAUUCACAGUAGAUAUUAAUGACAACAACAUAGAUGCUGGCCAUAGCCUACCUGCUCGUGAUACCUUAUCAUACUCUCUGACUCCACUGUCUUCCUCCCCAUCUCCUGUUUCCUCUUCCUCCCCUCUACCAUGUGCCUCAGCAGAGCCAGAAGAUGAUCUUCCCACACCUGUUCAGGAAUCCCAACCUGUCCUAUCAGCCCUGCAUCAGCCUUCCCUGUCAACAUGUCACACCACCCCUACACUUUGCUGUACCUCAACCAAAACACAACAAGCCCCUGAUCCCCAAUUUCUCCCUAACAACAACAACAACCUCAAAGAGGCCACUGUUGUCUUUUCUGCAUCAACUACAUCUACCACAAGUGUCUCUCCGCCAUCAUUCUCCACUGCCAUGCUGUCAAGCCUGUCGCAGCCUACCCAGGAGUCAUUUUUACCUGCUCCUGAGACUCUAGAUUCAGCAUGCGUGGCAGAUUCGAUUUCUCGUCCCCAGUCUCAGAACAAUCUCAACAUCCAGCCACACAAACAAAUCAAGCAAGGUUGCCCGUGGAGCACACAAGACAGAUUCAGAGGUCCCAGCUUGGCCGAGGGGGAGACAGACAGUGAGGAUGAUUGUGGAUUGCCUCGACGUGGUCACAGAUCCCAGGCCAGAGGAGUGGCAGGAAACAGAAAUGAGGCCAUGUGGAGAGAGUCUGGUCCAUCCAAUCAGAGGGAAAUGCAGCCUUUCUCUGCCCACCAGAUGUCCAACAGACAGUCAGGCUGUCCAAUCAACCACAGCCACAAGAUUGCAGAAGAGUUCGACCUAUCCUUCAAAAACAAUUGCUCUAUAUUGGCUUCCUGUAAUGAUUCUGAGAGUGAGGGGUCAGUGCCUGAGCUGGAGGAGCCGGAGCCUCUGAGACCAUCAGAGCCCCAGUCUAUUUCCUAUGCAGAUGAAGGGCUAAACCGACCAAAGCAGAGCCGCAGUGAGAAGAAGGCCCGCAAGGCUAUGUCUAAACUUGGUCUGAAGCCGGUCCAUGGUGUGACCAGGAUCACCAUUAGGAAGUCCAAGAGUAUCUUGUUUGUCAUCACCAGACCAGAUGUGUUCAAAAGCCCCGCAUCUGACAUCUACAUUGUGUUUGGAGAGGCAAAGAUUGAGGACCUAUCUCAGCAGGCUCACAAGGCAGCUGCAGAGAAAUUCAAGGUGCCUGUGACCUCUUCUCCCUUGGCCCCACCUGUCCCUCCCAGCCUCACCAUCAAAGAGGAGAGCGAAGAAGAGGAAGAAGAGGUGGAUGAUGGUGGUCUCGAGCAGAGGGAUAUCGAGCUGGUCAUGGCUCAGGCCAAUGUGUCACGCGCCAAGGCCGUCCGUGCACUGAAACACAACAAUAAUGACAUUGUGAAUGCUAUCAUGGAGCUGACCAUGUGAGUGGUGAGAACGAUUUUACUCCUGACCCCCCUCCUCCAGCCUAUAAAGCCGAAACGCCACUGACUCUUCUGUAUCGCUGCUACUGUAUGUUGCAUCCCCAAUAUCUGCUAAAUAAAGUCUGUUCCAAUGUGGGCUGUGACUGCA